AGUAGACCUAAGGGAGGAAAUCCUUCUCUGUAUGGUAGAAGGCCCGGGAGGGAACUGCCUGAUCGGCGAGGGCGCCAAAGGUCUCCUUAGACUUUCUAGAGUACUUAAACUCGGCCAGUAUCACUUUACCGUACCUGGUUACAUGGUUAGGAGCGGACACGAAAUGUAUCCGUCGUGCCCAGCUAGUGGCUCCUUACCACCCAUGGCCAGCAGCAUAUUCUUCAACGCGAGGCAAAUGAAGGAUGCCGAUUUGAACGGCUGAGGCGAAUGGAGGAUUCCAAGUCCCAAGGGUUGAGCUGGAGAAAGCGGAGCCUUGAUAGUGUUUUUUCCAGGACAUAAGGAUAGAUGUGAUAUGGGGUUAUCCUAUCCAGUAAUUUCAUGGGAUCCUAAGUGAUAGAUGAGCUCGGUUUGAGGGCUGGUAGAGAUAUAUCAUGGAAAAGCUGGUUGAG